AUGAUCAAAGUUUCGCCGGUGCAGAAGGGAAAUGCACUGCUGGAGUAUCUUUCGAAUGCGUCUUGGCAUUAUGACAAUGCAAUAACGCCUGACUAUGAGGUGAACAGUAGUGUUGGCAUACUGUUUCUAUCGCUUCGGUUUCAUGUGUGCAAGCCUGAGUAUAUACAGAAGAGGGUCAGAGCGAUGCGACCGUACAAGGUUAGGGCUCUUCUUGUGUAUGUGGACAUCCCCAACUAUGGGCCGAUUAUUAGAGAGUUGUUUGACAGUGUUCCACUGACGAUGGUUCUGGGAUUCAGCAUUGAGGAGUGCUCGAGAUAUGUGCGUGGGUUUGAGAUGGCAGGAGGGAGGUCUGUUGAUGCAAUAAGGCGUGGGCAGAAUGACACCGAGGGCUUUCUGCAGCGGAUUCCAAAGAUCAACAAGACUGAUGCGCAGCAGAUUGCUUGCAAGUGUGGGACAUUGCUGGGGUUUAUUUCGAAGACGCCUGGAGAGAUGGAGGAGAUAGCAGGGAUAGGAAAGCUGAAGGCUGAAGAGAUAUCCAGGUUUUUGGACAUGAGGUUUGAAUAA